GUGGACGGUCCCAUAAUUUCCUCCUUCGGUCGGGGAUUCGUCUUUUUGGUCGGUUUGGACAAAUGGAAAUCAACCGAAGAUACCAAAACCAUGGUCAAGAAGAUACUAUCUAUCAAAUUGUUCGACUCGGAAGAAGGAGGGAUGUGGAAACGUGAUGUAAGAGAUAUACAGGGGGAUAUACUCUGCGUCUCACAAUUCACUUUAUUCGCAAAUUUCAAAGGUUCAAAACCUGAUUUCCACGAAUCUAUGUCCACAAUACCGGGUAAAUCUGCCUACACAUCUUUCUUAGAGCAUUUACGCAACUCGUACGAUACUGAAAAAGUACAAGAUGGUAAGUUUGGAGCUAUGAUGCAGGUUUCUUUGGUUAACGAUGGACCGGUGACUAUCAAUUUGGAUACCAGAUCUAAAAAGUCUUCUCCUACGAUCCCACAAUCAUCCACGGCUGUCCCCAAGUCUGCAUCAUCUCCA